CUGCUUGCUGCAGAUCGUCUGUUUAGACCUGUCGUGGGAGGAGUUGAGCGUCGCCGCUUCUCUCUGCUCUCCGUUUCUCUCUCUCCCUGCGUACUUCCAGAGCUGUGACAGUGGGUGUUACUCGUCCGCCCUUGGGCUUGAAAGUCACCUAAGACCCGUUUCUUCAUCAUUUCUGCUUAUCGUUACUGACACUGAAGGACUGUUGCUAUGGCGCAUGCUGCAGCGAGCAUCAAAAAGGCCCGAGGGGAGAUGGAGCAGGCGCCCGAUCUGAAAGCGCUGGAGAAAGCCCGUGAGAAAAGACGGCGCUCGCGUGAAAGAGCCGAGCGCAGGCGUAAGUCGGACAGCAACACCAGUUUUCUUCGAGCAGCAAGAGCAGGAAAUAUUGACAAGGUUGUGGAGUUCUUGAAGGGCGGCGUGGACAUCAGCACGUGUAAUCAGAAUGGCCUCAACGCUUUACACUUGGCAGCAAAGGAAGGACACGUGGAGCUGGUCCAGGAGCUGCUGGACAGGGGCUCUUCGGUCGAUUCUGCAACUAAGAAAGGAAACACAGCUCUCCACAUCGCUUCACUAGCAGGACAAGGAGAAGUGGUAAAGAUCCUGGUCAAGAGGGGAGCAGACAUUAAUGCACAAUCUCAGAAUGGAUUCACUCCCCUGUAUAUGGCUUCCCAAGAAAACCAUUUAGACGUGGUGCGAUAUCUUUUGGAGAAUGGUGGAAACCAGAGCACCGCAACAGAGGACGGCUUCACACCUCUAGCUAUUGCACUUCAACAAGGCCAUAAUCAGGUGGUGUCCAUCCUUCUAGAGAACGACACAAAGGGCAAAGUCCGUCUGCCGGCCCUGCACAUCGCAGCCCGCAAGGACGACACCAAAUCUGCUGCCCUGCUGCUCCAAAAUGACCACAACGCAGAUGUCCAGUCUAAGAUGAUGGUCAAUAGGACAACUGAGAAUGGGAAGAGUGGAUUCACGCCGCUGCAUAUUGCCGCUCACUAUGGAAACGUGAAUGUGGCGACGCUGCUCCUCAAUCGCGGUGCCGCUGUGGACUUCACUGCACGGAAUGGGAUCACGCCACUACAUGUUGCAUCUAAAAGAGGAAAUACUAAUAUGGUGCAUCUGCUGUUGGACAGAGGGGCUCAGAUUGAUGCCAAAACAAGGGAUGGCCUCACACCUUUACACUGCGCAGCAAGAAGUGGACAUGACACCGCAGUGGAGCUCUUAUUGGAGAGAGGAGCCCCUAUGCUGGCCAGAACCAAGAAUGGUUUAUCUCCGCUCCACAUGGCAGCGCAGGGUGACCAUGUGGAGUGUGUCAAACACCUGCUGCAGCACAAGGCGCCCGUUGAUGAUGUCACACUGGACUACCUGACAGCCCUCCAUGUUGCCGCCCACUGCGGUCACUACAGAGUUACCAAACUCCUGCUGGACAAGAGAGCCAACCCGAACGCUCGAGCAUUGAACGGUUUCACUCCUCUACACAUCGCCUGUAAGAAAAACAGAGUCAAGGUGAUGGAGCUCUUGAUCAAGUAUGGAGCGUUUAUUCAAGCCGUCACUGAGUCUGGUCUCACACCGAUCCAUGUGGCAGCCUUCAUGGGUCACCUCAACAUCGUUCUUCUGCUGCUGCAGAAUGGAGCUUCGCCUGAUGUCAGCAACAUACGUGGAGAGACUGCUUUGCACAUGGCUGCCCGUGCUGGACAGAUGGAAGUUGUUCGCUGUCUUCUGAGGAAUGGAGCCAUGGUGGACGCUAGAGCAAGGGAGGAUCAGACUCCGCUUCACAUCGCGUCUCGUCUGGGUAAGACGGAGAUCGUCCAGCUCCUGCUACAACACAUGGCUCAUCCAGAUGCGGCGACCACAAACGGUUACACUCCUCUUCACAUCGCUGCGCGCGAGGGACAUCUGGACGUUACUACAGUGUUGUUGGAGGCUGGUGCUUCCCACUCCUUAGCUACCAAGAAAGGGUUCACGCCUUUACAUGUGGCAUCAAAAUAUGGCAGUCUGGACGUUGCGAAACUACUUCUGCAGCGACGUGCACCGCCGGACUCUGCUGGGAAGCAGAACGGUCUCACUCCUCUACAUGUCGCUGCUCACUAUGAUAACCAGAAGGUGGCGCUCCUGCUUUUGGACAAAGGAGCAUCUCCCCAUGCCACAGCCAAGAAUGGAUACACUCCCCUUCAUAUUGCAGCGAAAAAGAAUCAGAUGGAAAUAGCCACCACUCUCCUGCAGUAUGGAGCGGAGACCAACAUCCAGACCAAACAGGGGGUGAUGCCGCUGCAUCUGGCUUCGCAGGAGGGACACAGCGAGAUGGCAGCUCUGCUUCUGCAACGAGGAGCUCAAGUCAAUGUAACCACUAAGAGUGGACUUACAUCUCUUCAUCUUGCUGCCCAAGAAGACAAAGUCGGUGUUGCCGAGAUCUUAGUUAAAAAUGGUGCCAACCUCGACCAGCAAACCAAAUUGGGAUACACACCUCUUAUUGUCUCCUGUCACUAUGGAAAUGCUAAGAUGGUUAAUUUUCUAUUGAAGAGCGGGGCAAACGUCAAUGCUAAAACAAAGAAUGGUUAUACGCCUCUACACCAGGCUGCACAACAAGGCAACACACACUUAAUUAACGUCUUACUCCAGUAUGGAGCCAAACCCAAUGCCAUCACUGUGAAUGGAAACACCGCUCUUGCCAUCGCACGUCGUCUUGGUUACAUUUCUGUGGUUGACACGCUGAAAGUAGUGACAGAAGAAAUUAUCACUACAACAACGACGGUGACAGAGAAACACAAGCUAAAUGUGCCAGAGACCAUGACGGAAGUGCUUGAAGUGUCUGACGAAGAGGUUCCGAGAGAGAUACAGAUAGAUGAUGAGGCUAUGUCAGAUGACUCUAUUGAUUUUGAAGGUGAUGACACCAUGACCGGUGAUGGUGGAGAAUAUCUGAGAGCAGAGGAUCUGAGAGAGUUGGGAGACGACUCUCUACCUGGGCAGUACCUGGACGGCAUGAACUACCUGCGCUUCAGUUUAGAAGGAGGCCGAUCGGACAGUCGCUUACAAAGUCUGGACAGAUCCUACACACCCACUCAUCAAAGCUACUAUCCUGCAAAACAUUAUGGGAUGGUGGAGGAGAUGAUGUACAGUAACCAGGUGUCUUCUCUCGCAAGAGAAAAUGAACAGGACUCGUGCAGACUGAGCUGGGACAUGGAGAACUUGGACAACAUUGCGCUUUCCUCAAGUCCUGCUCAUUCUGGCCGUUGUUCUCCAUGUCAUGACCAUGACAAUAGCAGUUUCUUGGUCAGCUUCAUGGUGGACGCCCGUGGAGGUGCCAUGCGAGGAUGUCGUCACAAUGGUCUACGACUGCUCAUUCCGCCGCGGAAGUGCAGCGCCCCUACUCGAGUCACCUGUAGACUGGUCAAGAGGCACCGACUGGCAACCAUGCCCCCCAUGGUAGAGGGAGACGGUCUCGCCAGCAGGCUGAUCGAGGUUGGACCCUCUGGAGCACAGUUCCUUGGUAAGCUCCACCUCCCUACUGCCCCGCCCCCUCUGAAUGAGGGCGAGAGUUUGGUUAGCCGCAUUCUGCAACUGGGCCCACCAGGGACAAAAUUUCUGGGGCCGGUGAUUGUGGAGAUCCCUCACUUUGCGGCUCUGCGAGGGAAGGAGCGGGAGCUGGUGAUCUUACGCAGUGAAACAGGAGAGAGCUGGAAAGAGCAUCAUUGCGAGUACACAGAAGAAGAGCUCAACCAGAUCCUCAACGGCAUGGACGAGGGACUGGACCCGCCAGAAGAGUUGGAGAGGAAGCGCAUCUGUCGCAUCAUCACUCGAGACUUUCCACAGUAUUUUGCUGUUGUGUCGCGAAUUAAGCAGGACAGUAAUCUCAUUGGUCCAGAAGGUGGAGUUCUGAGCAGCACAGUGGUUCCUCAAGUACAGGCCGUCUUCCCAGAGGGAGCGCUCACUAAACGCAUCCGGGUCGGCCUGCAGGCUCAACCCAUGAGUGUUGAUGUAGUGAGGAAGAAUUUGGGUAAUAAAGCCACAUUCAGCCCUAUAGUGACUCUGGAACCACGGAGGAGGAAAUUCCACAAACCCAUAACCAUGACCAUCCCCGUCCCGAAGAGCUCUGCUGACCCAGUCCUGGGAGGCUUCGGAGGUGGAGAUACUCCUACGUUACGUUUGCUAUGCAGCAUCACAGGUGGGACCACUCCGGCUCAGUGGGAGGAUAUCACUGGGACUACACCAUUAACAUUCACCAAUGACUGUGUGUCUUUCACCACAAACGUGUCCGCCAGAUUCUGGCUGAUCGACUGCAGGCAAGUACAGGAGUCGGUGAACUUCGCCACUCAGGUGUAUCGUGAGAUCAUCUGUGUACCUUACAUGGCCAAAUUCGUAAUCUUUGCCAAAACGCAUGACCCUAUUGAGGCUCGACUGCGCUGUUUCUGUAUGACUGAUGAUAAAAUGGAUAAAACGUUGGAGCAGCAAGAGAACUUCACAGAAGUGGCACGUAGCCGAGACGUGGAGGUUUUAGAAGGAAAACCAAUAUAUGCAGACUGCUUUGGAAACCUGGUUCCCUUAACCAAAAGCGGCCAGCAUCAUGUCUUCAGCUUCUAUGCCUUUAAAGAGAACCGUCUGGCUCUUUUCAUCAAAAUACGAGACAACACUCAAGAGCCUUGUGGGCGCUUGUCCUUCAUAAAAGAGCCGAGAUCUUAUAGGACUUUGACUCAUGGUGCAAUAUGCAAUCUAAACAUCACCCUGCCAGCUUACUCAAAGGAAUCAGAUUCAGAACAAGAACCUGAUGAGGAGACGAGCCGAACGCUUGAGAAAUAUGAUGAAGACACUGAAACAACUGAAACAUCAUUCCUGAAAACACACUUGAUCCGAGACUCCCCGGCGCUUGCAAGUCCAGAUUUACUCUCUGAAGUGUCAGAGAUGAAACAAGACCUUAUCAAAAUGACUGCUAUUCUGACCACUGAUUCCUCAGAGAAAGCAGGUCCUAUGCAAGGGGAUUAUUUAGAUAAGGGGGUGGAGGAGGUGUCAGCAGAGCCUUUUGAGAUCAUGGAAAAAGUCAAAGAGGAUUUGGAGAAAGUUAGUGAAAUUCUGAGAAGUGGAACAUUUGACAAGGAAGAGUCUGCAAAAACAGAGAGUCGUCCGUAUAGGAAGGAUGAGGGGUGGGUUCUCCUAACAGAAAGUGAAAUUGAAGAAGCCAAAAUGAUGGCUGCUUUCGAAUGUCAAGAAUCACUUCUAAAGGAAGUUAGAGUCAACAGAGGAUCACAGAGACCAAAGGGUGCUAGGGACAGGUCUGGCAUGGACACUGUUUCCACUGGUGCAGUUAAGGAAUACUUAUUGGAUGUACCUGAAUCAUCUAUGCCUGCAUCCCAAGAGACUCCAUCACAGCAAAGGUUCACUGAGGUUGUUCUGCGCAGAGGUGGUCGAAAAAUAGUCGCUACAGUGACAAAAGACACUAAAGCCCAUACAACAGAAGUAAAAAAGCCAGUCAGGAGGAAAGGGCCUCAAGGACACACAGAGGAAACCCAAUCAUUUAGCACAAAAGAAAGUAACGUUAGUAAGAGUACCGAGAAGUCUUCCGAAGGGGAUGCCUUCCUACCUGUACCUGGAGACCAAAAAAAGUCUCCUGUAUCACCAGUGGUUGAGGAGACACCAAUUGGUUCCAUUAAAGAGAAAGUUAAGGCUCUUCAAAAGAAAGUAGAGGAAGAACAAAAAGGUCAUAAAAAACAGACAGGCCAAAAACCUCCAUAUAAAGCAACAGAAGGCAAAGCAUCUUCUGUUGUCAAAGACCAGAAAGCAUCCGGCCUGAAAAAACAAACUUCUACACCCCAGAAACAGUCUCCUUCUAGGUCACCUAAGCCUGAGCCUGGAAGUCUAGAAGAAACCAUGUCUGUAAGAGAACUAAUGAGAGCAUUUCAAACUGGCCAAGACCCUUCAAAAAGAAAGUCUGGGCUCUUUGAGCACAAAGCAUCUUCCAAAAUAGAACACAAAACAGUGAGUAAACCAGAGGAUAUACUCACAAAGUCACAAAGUCUUCCCCAAGCACAAUCACAUGAAGAAGUGUCUCCUGAUGUUUUAAAGCCUGAAGGUCACCAUGAAGAAAAAGAAGUCAAAAUUAGUCCACACGUAAAACACUCUAAAGACUUUGAAGAAGAUACAAAAGCAAGUCAGAAGAGUGGUGAGAGUGUGGUUUUUGGAACAGAGUCAGCAGGUCCCUCUACUCACUCAAGCAUGACAACAACUGUUCCUCAACAUUUGUCAAAACAAGGCAGAGAUCUUGUGCCUGAUAAUGGUACAGAGAACAAUGCAUUUGAUGACAGCUCUGACAGUGUUAAACAUGAAGCAUUGAUCGACUCACCCAGUGCCAGUCUUGCUGAAGUGGAAGCCCCAUUGAGUUCUGAGGAAAGUUGCAAACAUGAGGGCAUGGCCGAAACUCCAGAAACAAGCCCCGAGAGCCUCUCAUUAUCACCAAAAAGCCCAGCUCAGUCUAUACUCGCAAAGUCCUCAAAAUCAGUAGCAGUCACCCCUAAGGUCAAGACAAGUAAAAUAUCUGUUUCCUUUUCUACUGAGAUGAAGACAACUAAGGAACAGCCAUCUGAGGCUGCAAUUCAUCAUCCAGCAUUAAGCAAAGCAGUGGAUGAGCCAACAAAAAGUGAGUCUAUGUCUACUCCUCAUAGGAAUAGGGGGGUGAACUUUGGGGGUGAAAAAACUUCUGUUGAUAAGGACAUUGUUUCUGUGUCAUCCAAGCCAUCUAAAUCUCGAAAACUGACUAAAAGAGCAUCUGAAACACUAGAGAGUUUUUUGAGCGAUGACGAAUCCUUUGAUGGUGAAGCAACACCAACCUCUGUUGACUUCCUGGCCUCAAGGGCAGCUACACAGGAUCAUGGUGGUUUAGUGCUGCCUCUUAGACACCAAGAUUCAGAGACCCUUAGUCCAGUAGCUGAUGACUCUUUUACCAUUAGCCACAAAGACUCUUUAGAGGGUAGUCCCUUGAUGGAAGACAACUCUUCCCAUAAAACCCCAGACUCUAUUGAGCCUAGUCCAACAAAUGAAUCCCCGUGCCGUGACUCUUUAGAAAGCAGCCCCGUAGAGAUGAAAACCAACCUGGCUUUUCCACCUACAGUAGAACAACCCAGUGUGACCACAGGGCCCCUGACAUCCUCCAAAGCCCCUGAAAUCCCCCCAGAGAGUUUGCGUAGUAGAGUGCUCAAAGAACAGGAGGGUAAUGCCGACGAUGACAGUUGUGAGCAGACGUCCCUGAUGACAAGUUCGGGUAAGAGUCCUCUCUCCCCUGACACACCAAGUUCUGAAGAGGUAAGUUAUGAGGUCAAUCCCAAAACCCCAGACCCCAUGGUCCUGAUUGUUCCCUUUAAGCCAUCAGUAAUCCCAGAGGAGACAGUAGAAGAUGAUGAGUUGAAGUGUGGCCUGACACAGAGGAAAAUUACUCCAGAGGAAGAGAUGUUUAAAAUGGCUGCCAAAAUAAAAACAUUUGAUGAAAUGGAACAAGAUGAAAAAGACAAAAAGGACAAUAGAAAAGAUAGUGAAUCUUCUCAGACAUCAGACAGCAUCAGACUGUUUGCGCUUACAUCCAAAUAUGAAACAUCCUCUGUGGAUGAUGUUGGGUUUACUGAACCCAACCAAGCAUCAGAGAUAGCACGGUCUGUUGAACCGAUCAUUAAAGUACAACCUCCCUCUCCUUUUCCAGCAGGUAUACGUAAGAGCCCCCAAACAGCUGAGGACAUUCAACAAACCAUGGCCCAAAGUGCAGCAUCUUCAGCUGAAUCAGCAAUGAGGAGACCUCAGUCUGUCUCAGAAAAGCAUACCAUAAAACCACACCUUCAGGAAUCUCAUAGUGAGAAAUUUAAGGACAAAGAAUAUGUUGAUUCAGAGUUAGCACAGUUGAAUAAAACUGACUCUAAAAGCAACAAUCUGGCUGCAAAUAUAACCGAUGAGCAAAAAGAGCAAAGCUUAAAAAGAUCAAAAGGAAAUCAAGAAAUUUACACUCAUGAAAAGCAGAACGAGGCAGCUAAUUACCAAAAUGUUGAUUACACAUUGCCUAGUCAGGAGGAGUCUAAUGUAACAGAUGAGAUUAAAGGUGAUUACAUGAGGCAUACAGGGGCAUCUUAUGUUGAUAUUUGUAGUGGCAGCCUAGAUAUUGAUUCUAUUCCAAUUGUUAUUGGGCAAACAAGAGAAACAUUUAAACCAGAAAUAUGUAUUUAUGAUGACACAGAGGAAGAUGAUGCUGAGGAGGAACCUCCUAAGACUGAAUCUAGAGGAGUUACAGCAAAAGCAGAGACAGACGCCUGGAAUUCAAUGCGAGAAGAUGAUGAUGCAUUUGCAGCAAGAGUCAAAGAGGAAGAGCAAAAGAUCUUGGGUCUGGUUGUAGAAAGGCAUUCCCAAGGGGCGACUCCAGACACAACACCAGCAAGAACACCAACUGAGGAUGGUACACCAACAAGUGAACAAAAUCCUUUCCUCUUCCAAGAGGGGAAACUUUUUGAGAUGACAAGAAGUGGUGCAAUAGACAUGACAAAAAGGAGUUACGAGGAGGAAGGCUUUGCAUUUUACCAAAUAGAGCAACCCAUUGAAGAGGGCAUAGUUGAAGAAGGAGGGGGUGGACCUGGUAGGGCAGGAAAUGAGGAUGAGAAUGAGGUUGGUUGUAACCUUUCUUUGCAGAUAAAAGCAGAGGAGGAUAAUAACCUCUCUAAAGAGGCUGCAGAUUUAUCUGUACAUUCUCCUACUGAGGUCAAUCUGGCUGCAGCUACAAAGUCAGAUGUUUUAAAGUCUAAAACCCCCAUUACAUUGGGUGUUUCUGUAUCAACCAAAACCUCAGAGGAGGAUCAAAGAAUGCCAGAAACAGCAGAGAUUAAAUCAGACAAAGUAAUGAGUGAGGGACAGUUAAUAUCUGAUCCUGGUUACACUGAUACCGUCAUAGCCAAUGUUCAGACAGCAGUGUCACCUACUACUAGGUCAGUUCAUUCCCAACAGGACCAAGAGUUCUCAGAUUCCUCCCCAGAGGAUCAGCACUCAGUUAUAGAACAAACCAAAAUCAUAGAAAAGACAGAAUCUAAAAGUAAACUUGUCUCUAAAAGUUAUACUGCAACCUCUCAAACAUCUACGACUAGAAAAGAUAUGUCCACCUCCAAAGAGGAGGAGAAACCAAAAUCCCGAAUACCUGUUAAGGCCAGCUCCCUCAGGUCUGAAAGUGUAGAACUUUCCAAGGAUAAGGUGUCAAAGUUGCCCAUAAAACCUCAAUCAAGGAGAAAAUCUGAGACAGACACAGGCCCACCCAUAACCUCAAGUUUAACAAAGUCUUCCAAAGCCAAGAGCUUCUGUGAAAGUGAUUCCACCAAGAAACCAAUCAAAAAGGACCAGAGACGUCCAACAAGCACUGACCUAUCCAGCACAACAAAGACACUUCCUUCAAGACUACCAGUCAGGGGAAAGCCUGGUCAGCCAAUUCAAACUUCCACACCAGCAAAACCAAAAAAGGCCCGGCCCACUGACACAAACAAACAAUCUGUUGCAUUUUGUGAAGAGAUUAGUCAUGAGGCAGCUAAGGUAGUGGAGAGUUUGGCUCAGGCAGAGAAAGACAAACAGGGGGCUGCUGCCUUAUCUGAUGGUGAAAGCAUCAACAUCGAUGCCUCAGUAAUAGAGAGUGAACCUUUCCUUGACAUGCAAAUGCCUUUCCCUGAGGAUUCCUUGGUCAUUAGGCCCAGAUGGGACAACCCUGUUGAGACGCAGAUGGAACGAAUCCCUGCUGAUAAAGUCCGAAGUCAAGUAGAUCCACAGGAUGAGGCUGACAGGAAAGAAGCACGCCUGGCUGUAAUAGCAGACCACCUUGGUUUCAGCUGGUCAGAAUUGGCCCAAGAACUUGAAUUCAGUGAGUUACAGAUCAAACAGAUAAGAAACGAGAAUCCAAAUUCUCUACAAGACCAAAGCCAUGCACUCAUAAGGCUAUGGAAAGAAAGAGAGGGCAAAAAUGCUGCAGAGAACACUUUGAUGAAGACACUUACAAAAAUAAAUCGCAUGGACAUUGUGCAUCUCAUUGAAACAAAAAUCAUCCAGUCCAGUCAAGACCAGUCAUCACACACCUACGCCGAAAUUGAGCAAACCAUAUCAUUGGAUCAUAGUGAAGGUUUUUCAGCGCUUCAGGAGGACAUGGACAGCCCCAGGCCGGGUCGACGAGAUGAGGUCACUCAGAGAGUGUCAGAACUUGGGCCUCUGGUGGCGUCUGUUGAGGAUCUCUCCUGCAAUGUGUCUUCCCUCAAUGAUUCCCAGAAAGAGAGGUUGUUGACAGACAGAGAGAUGGGUUCAGAGGUGGUCAGAGCCCCAACACAUAGUUCUUUUGAAAUGGCUGGACUGCGGCAACAAUUUCCAGGCACUAUCAAACAAGGUGACGAGAUGCCCGAAAUUCCUCCUCAGACAGUGACAGAAGAGCAAUACACUGACGAGUUUGGAAACAUGGUGGUCAAAAAGAUAACGAGGAAAAUCAUCCGUAAGUAUGUGUCCGCAGACGGAGUAGAGCGAGAGGAAGUGAUGCUGGAGGGACCGCAGCAGGAAGCUGUCGCUGUGGACGAGGCUGACGGUUUCUCUAAAGUUGUGAAGAGGACAGUGGUGAAGAGUGGAGGAGAUCAGACCGAGGUGACCUUCUCUGAACCUUCUUACAUUGGGGCGACAGCUUCUGAGUUCGAGGAAGAGCCCGUCCAAGGUCGGAAGGUCAGCAAGGUCGUCAAAACCAUGGUAGUGCAAGGUGAACGGAUGGAAAAACUAAUCGGAGACCCUUCACUCUCAUCGGAUCUCCCGUCAGCCAAGGACGACUUUGAAAAGGCUUUGAGCUAUGUAGGAAGCUUUGGGAAAGUGCACCUGCCUCAUUUAGUUGAGAGAGAGACGGUGAAAGAGGAUGGAUCAGUGGUCAGAAGGACCCGCAUGCAUAAGACGCGCACCCAGAAACGAACGGUAGUGAAGGACGGCCAAACCAAACAGACACACCUGGAACGGCUGGAGGACGCCCCGGACAGCCUGCGACCCGACGACCUGCAGCGACACCUGCACCAGCUGCUUCAGCGCUACUGUACGCCCGAACCCACCGAAGACACGGACGCGCCAGCGCAGGACAAACAAUAAACCACCGCGGGCUUUGACACAGACUUCUGUAGGCCUUUCUACACCAGAUCCCAUUUUAUCCUUUAUUAUUUAUUAAUGCUCGAUCUUCUCAUUCAUGGCAAAUAAUGUAAACAUUUUAACUGCUUCAUGGCUGAAUGUCUUUCUUAUUUUCCUGACUGAAUUUAUUUUCUCAUUUUGUGACCAAAGAUAGUGUUUCCAUCUGAAUUGCGGAGUGAACUGUAUGAAAACGUAGAUGUUUUGUGUGUGUGAGUGUGUGUCAUUUUGGUUGCGGUGUUAACGUAGAAGCAGAACUAAACGUAACGAAAAAGAAGUCGGUUUGGACGCUGAGCUCAACAGACAUUUGUAAAUACUGGACUUUGACAGAAACUGUCUUAUACUCUUUUGUCUCCUGUAUCUGCUGUACAACUGCAUCGAUGGACUGCUGUAUAAUUACAAACAUCUCAGAUGACUCGCUUAAAAUCUCACUGCAGACCUGAUCAAAUAUCAUCUGAAUAUCUCUGGGCAUGUGAGUUUGUAACCACAGUUAAUCAAGUGCAAGCAAUCAGAUAUCUGAAAUAACUGGCUAUGUAUUUAUACUGAGAUUUAAAAACAAAGAAUAAAUAUCAUGCUGUAGUCUUUCUUAAUCCCAGAAUGCUUCUGAAUGGUUUUUAUUUAGAACUGAUCAGUUUCGGUGGAUGAAAUUGCUUGUUUUUUCAUCAAGAAUGCUGUCAUUAAACACAUCCAGUUAUUUGUUUUGGUGUACGAGCCCUAACAUUAUCUGCCUCUGUGUGUGUGUGUGUGUUCUCAGAUCUCCUGUGUGAUAAUACAGCAAUGUCUGUGUUUAUUGGAAACUCACUAAUAUGAAUGAAUGACUGGAUUUUUAAUUCAGUCCAUUUUCUGUCUUGUCCCAUGUUUUAAAGUAUGGCUGAAUGUAUGAUUUGAAUCUGCUUGACUUAAGCAGAACGGGGAGGACGAGUGAUUCAACAUUUGCCGGUUUUGUUCAUUUUUCUCCUCUGCUGUUGCAACGAUGUAAAAUAAAAAAAUGAAAUGUUAA